GGGCCCCCCAGCCUGCGAUGCGCACUCGCAGGUCGAGCGGGCGUCGUCCACCCUUCGGAGCCCCGCUUUCAUGCGCGAAAUCCCCAGAAGUCGCCUGCGACCGCCUCCCUGCUUCAAACACCAGAGAGGGCCCGGGGUCCUGGCCGGAGACAGGCCGAACCUCCGGAGCUCCUUCUGCACCCGGUACAUGGACCGAACUGAUGGGCUGCGCGCCCGGAAGAGCUGGGGAGAUGAAGCCAGCGUCCAGCUUCUCCCCCAAACCCAGCACGCCGAGCUUUGUCCCCGGGGAGCGUGAAGUCACCAGCUCCGGGAGGCGACAAUAUGAGGGCGAUGGACGGGGCAGGGACCCCCGGAAGCCCCAGCAGUUCUCGGGGAAGUGGGGGUGCCGGAGGAGUCGGGGACACUCUCGGGCCUCUCCAAGCCGGGAGCAUCCCCAGCGCCCGCAGCCCUGUGAGACGCCGGGUGUUCUGGUUAUGGGCCCUGCCGCCAGGCCUCGGCGCUUUGUCCCCGGCCCGCCCGGGGAUGCUACCGCGCUAGAGUUGUACACCAAGGUUUGCCUUCCCAGGAAGCGCUGCGGCCGCCUGGCGCAGAGCCCCAGGCAGCAGGCGCCGCGUGUGCGGGCGGGAAGUUCCCACAGUUGCAAAGAGGGAGCGAAGUAUGUGUUCCAAACUUUCCACGGUUCCAAACUGAGCGCUUCCAUUAAGAGAAGCGGUGUGCGGGGGAAAAGCAUUCUGGGUAUUAGCAUGCAAAUGAACGGGCCCGGCUUCCAACUCCGCUCGGGAUUCCCACCGCUACGCGCCGAGCUCGCGCCCGGCCACGCGCGCCCUGAGGCUUCCGGGCGUUGCCCUGGCGUUUGA